AUGCCUUCGCCGCGACGAAUGCGCCUCCUGAUGGUGGCGGUCGUCAUCACCGUCGUCGUCAUGCUAUUCUACAGCUCGGGCAUGGAGCCAGAAGCCGACGCCGCCCUCAAGGGCUUCUACGAGAAAACAAAAGAGGCCAUGGAGCGAGGGACGGCGCGUGGGCAGGCAGUCAUCAAUUCCCAGACGGGCCAGAAGGCGGGGCACAUACCCGCCGACAAAGACGGCGACGGCGACAUUGACGACGACGACAAGGUAGCUUCGCAGGAGCUGCAGGAGCGGCUGCAGGCUGUUGCGCAGGAGGCAAAGGACAAGGCCAACGAGAAGAGCCCGAAGCCGGAUAUCCCCAGCAGGAUCGUGGGCGUGGGCAGCUCGGCCGAAGGACAAGCGAAGAAGGGCCAGGUCAAAGUCGGCGGUGGCGGUGAUGUAGGGGACAGAGUCAAGACGGAUGUGACGAAAGAAGAGACAAAGGAAGAGCACGAGGCCGAAGUCGAGAUUAACAGCAUCUUGAAGAAGUCACCCGUCAUCAUCUUCUCCAAGAGCUACUGCCCCUAUUCGAAGCGCGCCAAGGGAAUUCUCCUGGAAAAGUACAGCAUCACUCCGGAGCCCUUUGUCGUGGAGCUGGAUGAGCACCCACUCGGUCCCCAUCUCCAAGACUAUCUCCAGAAGAAGACGGGACGCAGAACCGUGCCCAACAUCCUGAUCAACGGAGUGAGCAUUGGCGGCUCCGACGACAUUGUUGCGCUAGACAACGAGGACAAGCUGGUUGGCAAGGUUCGCGAUCUGGGCCAGGCUCGCAUAGAGAUUAGCCCGCGCUUCACCAAGGGCGAGCAUCAGUAA